UUUGAUUUUUGUUGCGUCGGCAUAGUUUUUUUAAUUCAUGCUGGAAGAUUGAUGCUUUCUCAUUUCAUGGUAUACCUAACUGACAACUGGAUUUUCAGAUUGUUGAGUUUCAAGAAAAUUACCUACAUGAGUUAGAACUAAAAAGAAAGUCAUUGGCUCUAACUGAUACAGAAUGGAUGUGACGAAAGACAACUUCGCCUCCUCUCUGGAGCGGAUCCGUGCUGCCAUCUGCCGCAGUUCGUUCCUGGCUGUGGACUGCGAGUUCAGCGGACUGUCGACAGGUGGCAGCUCGAGCAAAUUUGACACCCCAGAGGAGAGAUACGCACAUCUACGGCGAACGGCCUCCGGGUUCCUCGUGAUUCAGUUCGGUCUGGCGGCCUUCACUCUGGAGAAAGAGAAAAACAGGUACAUUCAGGAGACAUUCAACUUCUACCUGUUCCCGCGCCACCAGAGCCAGGGCUCGUUCAUUUGCCAGCCCUCCAGCAUGGAGUUCCUCCUGGAGAAUGGGUUCGACUUCAACAAGCUCAUAAAAGACGGCAUUCCGUACCUGCCGCCUGCCCAGGUCGAGUCACUCCGGGACCGACUGGAGUCUCAGCUCCGUGACUCUGAGGCGGCGCCGUCCCCGGCUCAGAAGGGUACCACCGGCACCUCGGGUACUCCUGGUACCACCCUGCAGCCGACGCCCGUACCGGAGAACCAAGCCGACUUCGUGGAACGGGCCAUAUCGGAGAUUAACAAGUUCGUGGAAGGCUCAGAAGAGUACCUAGACUUCCACAAACUCAGUCCAUUCCAGCGCAAACUUCUAUACGAUCAUGUACCAAACAGGAUCAGCACCCCUCUGGAGUUGGAGACGGUCCACCUCUCCGGCUCACAGCGUACACUUCGAGUCGGUCGGCCAGUCAGUGACGAGCAGAGGCGGGAGAGAGCGCGGCGCAGGGUAGAGCAGAGAGUGGACGAGGCGGCCGGCUUCGCGCAGGUCAUACAGGAGAUCAGCAAGUCGGGUAAACCAGUGGUGGGCCACAACAUGCUCCUGGACCUGCUACAUAUUAUCGAACAGUUCGUGUGCCCGCUCCCAGAGACCUACAGCGACUUCAAAUCGGUGGUGCACUGCGUCUUCCCUACUCUGGUGGACACCAAGGUGAUGGGAUCGACGCAGCCGUUCAGAGACCUGCUGCCGGCCACCAGUCUAGGGGAAAUGACCACCUGUCUCGGCACUCACCCCUUCACGAUGCCAAAUAUAGUGGCGGCGGAGGGCAGCUCCGGCCGCGAGUACGACCUCAAAGACGACAAGCACCACGAGGCGGGCUACGACGCCUUCCUCACCGCCGCCUGCUUCGGCGCCAUGGUCUCCUACUUGGGACUACUGCUGAAGCCGCCACAGCCGAUGCUGGAGCCCUCAGCGGAAAUUGUUCGACCGUUCGCCAACAAGGUCUUCGCUCAGGGCAUGGCGGACAUGCCGUACUUGAACAUCACUGGAGAGGAGCUGACUCCCAGCCGCGACCACGUGUUCUAUCUCACAUUCCCGUCUCACUGGAAGACUAACGACAUCAUGCAUAUCUUCAGCCCAUUCAGCCGGGUUCACGUGGCGUGGGUGGACGACACGUCGGCAUUUGUCUCGCUGGCUCGGAAGGAUCAGACCACCCAGGUGUUACAGAACGUGAAGGCCUCGGGACUGUUCACACUGUGCACUUAUAAGGAGUGGCAAACUCGGCAGCGAACGACCAGCACCAAGCCAAAGCCUUCCGUCGAGUCAUCGUCUAUACUCGAGUCCCCCGCCUCGCGACUGUCCGCCUUCACCAGCCCCGCCCCCUCCCCCGCCCUCCGCACACCCCCCUCGGGCGGAGCUCCGCGCCAGUGUACGGCCCCUGACACCGGCCCUGAGACGGGGGCCAGUCCGGCGAACGGCGAAAAGCAGGGGACGGCAGCGGCGAAGGCGGCACGGAGUACAGCCUCUGACACACCGACCGGCCACAGCAGAUCGGCGGCGAAAAAACGCAAACGCGAGUCGUCAGGAAGCUCUGAGGGUUCCGUGGAGCAUAAGAAAGAUUCCACAUCGAAAGCGAACGCUGAGCUGUUUGCUGUGCCUGACUGGUGAUCACCGAUCGAGGCGACAUCUAUAAAAUGAACCUAUCGCUACGCCAUCUUUGCAUCGGGAAUGUGGGGUGAAAUACAUUGCUGAAUCAUCAUAAAGGUGAAUACAUGCCUUUGUCUC